UCGUUAUGUUUUGGAUGCACUAGAAGUUGGCAACGUCAGCUAAAAAUUAUAUGUUUCGAUUCUCAACAAUACUCAACCGAGAAAAAUGUCAAACGGUUAAACGUAAUGUGACAGAAUAGUAAGAAAAUAAAUGAAGGAAAUUCAAUGAAUCACAGACUAUAAUAAUAUAAAGAAUUAUUGCAGUUAAUAUAGAACUAAUAAAGGUCACGCCAUGAGAAUGAAAUCAACUACUUGGAGAAAAAAUCUCUAUGAAAAUCAUGGUCUUCCUGAUAAUUAUACAGACUACACCUUCCUCGAAGAACUACGGAAGAAUAUAAAACCCAACAAUGUUACUGCUAAGGAAGCUAUCACUCUGGGAGCCAGUAUUUCAAUUCAACUUAGCGUUGUUAUUCUGUUUGUAAUUGUUUUUGUAUGGCUCAACAAUCAAUGGACUACACCGAACAUCAUUUUUAUGUCAAGUAGCAUUCUUACAAUGGUUGGAUAUUUCCUUUAUACUGUCAAUAUGCCUGAUAUGUCAGAUAGACUAUCCAAAGACUUACAAACUGUAUUGAUAUUUGUUGCAUUUGGUUAUAUUCUGUCACCAGUAUUGAAAACAUUAACAGAUACAGUGAGUACUGAUACAAUUUAUGCAAUGGCAAUAUUUAUGUUCUUUGUUCAUUUGAUUUUCAGCAAGUAUGGCUCUCCCCAAGAGUCUCUCUCAGAUUCACUUUCUAUAACAUCCUCAAUUUUUGGCUCUCUCAUGUUAGCUUCACGAUUAGCUUCGCCACUGCAUGCAUUUUCACUACUCACAGUAGCAGUACAGUGUUUUGUACUAUUACCAUUCUUAUUAUCACAACUAGAUCACAAGGUAGUAAUUGCAAUAAGUCUUGCAGUUGGUACUACAUACCUACUUGUAGAAAUAUCAUCUAUAUUAUGUAUUGUUUUUGUGGGCGUUACAAUAUUUGUGCACAUAGUCUGUCCAUUAUGGUAUAUAAGGUGGCAGAAAUUCAAAGAAAAUAUAUAUGGUCCUUGGGACGAGGCAGUGAUAUCUUAAAAAUUAUUCUUAUGGUGUAUAAAUGUAUAAUAAAGAGAAGUAAACAAUUUAUCAUGUUCUAUAGAA